UAUUAGCACUUCAGCAGAGAGAGAGAGAGAGAGGAAAGCAGAGAGCUUCAGAUAAAGGAAACCCUAAAACCCAGAAGAAGAAGAAUAGAAAUGUUUCACUUUGCUGCUCUCAGGUGAACUCUCUCUCUGUAAGGCUCUGAAUCUCGAUUACCCAACUCGUUUUUUGAAAUCAAGGUCGAAACUUUUGGUGGGCUCUGGCUUUUGGUUGGUGAGAUUGAGCUAAAGGUUGGAUCUUUAUGGUUGAAGCUGAAAUUGUUGAGCUUAUUUGAAGUAGGUUUGCUUGAACAAGAGGUUUGCUUUGUUGUUUUGUUUUGGGUAUUCGAGCUUUUCACUUUGGUGGGGUUUGUUUUUUUUUUCUUUUUUUCUGGAGAUUUAUAUGAUGGGUGAAAGGCAUUUACUUAGUAGUGAGCUGGAGGUUAGACGAUUUUGGGUUCUCUGAGAAAUUGGUGAUUUUGUGAAAAGUUAGUUGAUGAUGAAUGAUUUGAUGCAAAGAAUAGCACAAUUGUGGGAAAGGUGAAGGAAGAAAUAGGUUCUGUGGCUUCAAUUUUUUGUUUCAUUGUUGACCUUUUUGGAUCCGAAAAGGAGUUCGGGUAAAACCCCCCCAAAAAAUUGAAGUUGAUUUGAUCACCAAUUUUUGCACUGGAGCGGUUAGGAUUACCUGGGGCAAUGUCUUCCUUGAGUAGGGAACUGGUGUUCUUGAUUUUACAGUUCUUGGACGAGGAGAAGUUCAAGGAAACAGUUCAUAAGCUUGAGCAAGAGUCUGGCUUUUUCUUCAAUAUGAAGCAUUUUGAGGAUCAAGUCCAGGCUGGAGAGUGGGACGAAGUUGAGCGAUAUUUGGGUGGCUUCACUAAAGUUGAAGACAAUCGGUAUUCGAUGAAGAUCUUCUUUGAGAUCAGGAAGCAGAAGUAUUUAGAAGCUCUCGACAGCCAGGAUAGGGCAAAGGCUGUUGAGCUUCUUGUGAAGGACCUUAAGGUUUUUGCAUCUUUUAAUGAGGAACUCUUCAAGGAAAUUACUCAGUUGCUCACUCUUGACAACUUCAGGCUAAAUGAGCAGCUUUCCAAGUACGGUGACACAAAAUCAGCUCGGAAUAUCAUGCUUAUAGAACUUAAAAAGCUCAUUGAAGCGAAUCCAUUAUUUCGUGAUAAACUUGCCUUUCCGUCCUUCAAAAGUUCACGUUUAAGGACUCUGAUAAAUCAGAGUCUCAAUUGGCAGCACCAGCUUUGCAAGAAUCCCCGUCCAAAUCCUGAUAUUAAAACACUAUUUAUGGAUCAUUCUUGCACUCCAAAUGCUAAUGGAUCUCGUCCUCCUCCCACAAACAGUCCCCUUGUUGGACCAAUUCCUAAGGCUGGUGCUUUUCCUCCAAUUGGUGCCCAUGGUCCAUUUCAGCCUGUUGUCUCCCCCUCUCCCGGUGCUAUUGCUGGGUGGAUGUCAAACCCUAAUCCAUCUAUGCCUCACCCUGCUGUUGCAGCAGCUCCUCCUGGUCUAGUGCAGCCUUCUAGUGCAGCUGCUUUCUUGAAGCACCCAAGGACACCAACAGGUGUUAUAGGGAUGGAUUAUCAAUCUGCUGACUCAGAGCACUUAAUUAAGCGUAUUCGUACUGGCCCAGCUGAAGAGGUGUCCUUUUCUGGUGUGAUGCACAGUUCCAAUGCGUAUUCACAAGAUGACCUUCCCAAGGCUGUUGUUCGGACCCUUAGCCAAGGAUCAAAUGUAACGUGCAUGGACUUUCAUCCACAACAACAAAAUAUUCUUCUAGUUGGGACAAAUGUUGGUGACAUCAGUCUUUGGGAAUUAGGGUCCCGGGAAAGGUUGGUACAUAAACCUUUCAAGGUUUGGGAUAUACAAGCUGUGUCAAUGCCGCUGCAGACUGCUUUGGUGAAUGAUGCUGCAAUAUCAGUGAAUCGUUGUGUUUGGAGUCCCGAUGGACUUAUGCUUGGUGUUGCAUUUUCUAAGCACAUUGUUCAAAUAUAUACUUACAAUCCAACUGGAGAAUUGAGACAACAUUUGGAGAUUGAUGCUCACGUUGGCGGUGUUAAUGACAUUGCAUUUGCUCAUCCCAACAAGCAAUUGUGUAUUGUUACUUGUGGAGAUGAUAAAGUGAUUAAGGUAUGGGAUGCUGUAGCAGGACGCAGACAAUAUACAUUUGAAGGUCAUGAAGCUCCUGUAUAUUCAGUGUGCCCUCAUUACAAAGAAAAUAUACAAUUCAUUUUUUCAACCGCGAUCGACGGGAAAAUUAAAGCUUGGCUUUACGAUUGUUUGGGGUCAAGGGUAGACUAUGAUGCUCCUGGACUUUGGUGCACCAUGAUGGCGUAUAGUGCAGAUGGAACCAGACUCUUCUCAUGCGGAACGAGUAAAGAAGGCGAAUCUCAUUUGGUGGAGUGGAAUGAGAGUGAAGGGGCCAUCAAACGGACAUAUUCUGGGUUUAGGAAACGCUCUUUGGAUGUUGUCCAGUUUGACACAACAAGAAACCACUUCCUAGCCGCUGGUGAUGAAUUUCAAAUAAAGUUCUGGGAUAUGGACAAUACCAAUUUGCUGACAGCUGUUGACGCAGAUGGCGGGUUGCCUGCUAGUCCUAGACUCAGAUUCAACAAAGAAGGGUCCUUGUUGGCUGUAACAACGACCGACAGUGGUAUAAAAAUUUUAGCAAAUAAUGACGGUGUGCGCUUGAUAAGGAUGUUGGAGAGCAGAGCUAUGGAGAAAAACCGAGGCACUUCUGAGCCCAUCAACGCUAAGCAGCCAUUGACUGUCAAUGCACUAGGCCCCAUUGGGAAUGUUUCCAAUGCUGUUGCUCCAACUAUGGAACGUGCUGAUAGAAUCCAACCAGCUGUUUCCAUCAGUAAUCUGGGUAAUAUGGAGAACAGCAGGCUUGUCGAUGUCAAACCACGGAUCCCUGAUGAUAUAGACAAGAUUAAGAGCUGGAAAAUUUCUGAUAUUGCGGAUCCUUCUCAAAUGAAAGCUUUAAGAUUGCCUGACUCUACAUCAGCUGGAAAGGUUGUGAGACUAAUGUACACCAACAAUGGUUUGGCUCUAUUAGCCCUUGCCUCCAAUGCUGUUCACAAGCUUUGGAAAUGGCCGCGUAAUGACAGGAAUAAUCCAUCAGGGAAGGCUAGUGCAUAUGUUGUUCCUCAGUUGUGGCAGCCUCCGAAUGGAAUUCAUAUGGCUAAUGAUGUAAAUGACAAUAAACCAGCUGAGGAAUCUACUGCAUGCAUUGCUUUAUCCAAAAAUGACUCUUACGUAAUGUCUGCAUCUGGUGGGAAGGUCUCUUUGUUCAACAUGAUGACAUUUAAGGUCAUGACAACAUUUGUAUCUCCCCCUCCUGCUGCCACUUUUCUGGCAUUCCACCCUCAAGAUAAUAACAUAAUUGCUAUUGGGAUGGAAGACUCUACUAUUUUAAUUUAUAAUGUCAGGGUUGAUGAGGUAAAGACCAAGCUGAAAGGUCACCAGAAUCGGAUAACGGGCCUUGCAUUUUCCCAGACUCUUAAUAUACUGAUUUCUUCAGGAGCUGAUGCUCAGUUAUGUGUGUGGAGCAUUGAUGGGUGGGAGAAAAAGAAAACAAGGUUCAUACAAGCACCAGCUGGUCGGCAAUCCCCAUUGGUUGGAGAAACAAAAGUUCAAUUUCAUAAUGAUCAGACGCAUUUGUUGGUUGCCCAUGAAAGCCAAAUUGCUGUGUAUGAGAGCAAGCUCGAUUGUUUGCGCUCUUGGUCUCCGAAAGAUGCACUCGCUGCUCCCAUCUCGUGUGCAAUAUAUUCAUGUGAUGGUUUGUUGGUUUAUGCUACUUUUUGUGAUGGUGCUGUGGGAGUUUUUGAUGCUGAUAGCUUAAGACUCCGAUGUCGAAUAGCACCUUCCGCUUAUAUACCAUCGUUUUCUCUCAGCAGUGGCAAUCCCUCGUAUCCUCUGGUUGUGGCAGCUCAUCCAUCUGAGCCUAACCAGAUUGCAGUUGGCAUGACUGACGGGUCAGUGCAUGUGGUCGAACCAUCUGAUGCAGAGCUGAAGUGGGGUGGCACAGCCUCUCAGGAUAAUGGUCCUUCCAAUUCAUCAAAUCCUUCUCCUAGUGGUCAAGCGUCGGAACUUCCUUCAAGGUGAAGAAUAUCACUAGUUAAGUUAUUUCCAAGAUGAGUAGACCGGACACACUGCUACAGUAUCGGGAUUCUUAGCUAGUAUUUACUACCUUUCCCAUUCAUGGUUCUUUAUUCCAUGUAUAUCUUUUUCGUUUUUCCUCGAUUGAUUUAGAAUGGGUUGUAGGGUUAUGAAUCUGUACAUUGUUUGUGGUCAGAAUCUGUUUUGUUAGAUGACUACCAAGAGAGGCCAAUUUGCCUUCCGGCAGUAUUUUAGUUUGUUCACUUCGUUUCUUAUAAUACAUGGUUUUCCAGAGUGAA